AUGUCUGAUCAAAGUCCUCACGAAACGGACCUCUGUUCUACUCACAGUGCCGCGGAUCUUAGCACUCCGACCGCUCGUCCCCCCCCUCAUCGCCGCCGGGAUAAGAAGCAGCUUUCGUUGAAAUGUGACAGGAAGCAGCCAUGCUCUGCUUGUGCAUCACGCAACUUGAGCUGCUCCUUUCCCAGUGCUCGCGCACCCCGGCUUGUGUCGCGGCCGUCACCUGCAACCCAAAUUGCGCAAAAGCCGAGCCUUUCAGUUCUUGAGGACAAAGUUAGGUCCUUAGAGCAGAUGAUGAUAUCGACUUUGACUACCAUACGUCACGAGCGGCCUGACCUUGAGGCUUCGUCACCCUUGAGCAACAGCGGGAUCUCGCCACGACCUCACCUAGCCGAGGCUGGGACGAUGCGCUGUGGUAACCAAGGGACAGAGUAUUUCGGAGGCGUUCACUGGGUUGCUAUAAUGGAUGGCAUAGCGGAAUUGAAAGGCCACUUUGAGAAUCUCAAUGAGAGCCAGUCUCCCGGAAGACACGGUCGGGAAGUACCCGACGAGUCGCGCCAGCGCCCACUCUUGCUAUACAGCGGUACACGGGCGCCUCCAAAGGAAAUGCUGAUUUCUGAGUUACCUGAGAAAAACAUAGUAGACAGGAUGGUGUUUUAUUAUUUCAGUGAGAUGUCGAUGAUGCCACUGAUUGCCCUUCAUUCCCCGACGUUUCUUCAACAAUAUGAACAAUUCUGGGCCAACCCUGGUGAAGUGUCCAUCCACUGGAUCGGUCUCCUGUACAGCAUACUUAGUGUAUCGACCAUAUUCUCACGCAAAUCGGAAGCCCCAACCAGUAAUACCAUGUCGAACUCCGGGUACACUGCGCAGUAUUCAGAGUAUGCCCAUCAUAUGGUACACUGCCUAAAGGCCGGAGACUAUGUUCGAGGAGGACCAUACAUUCUUGAGACACUGAUCAAUUACAUAGUACUGGAGCUUAUGAUGGCAUCUCCCUCGCCGGAUGUCCAUUCAGGAAUAUGUGCGACAACAGGGCUGAUGACGCAGAUUGCUUUGCGCAUGGGCUACCACCGUGACCCGUGCCACUUCCCCGAGAUAUCUUGUUUUGAAGGCGAGAUGCGGCGGCGAAUCUGGGCCAUGGUUCAUAUUUGCGAUACCUCAAUGUCUGUGCUCAGCGGGUCACCAAGGGUCAUAGCUGAAGGAUCGUGGGACACCAAACCGCCUCGGAACCUGCACGACAGUGACCUUGAUCCAGGCUGUACUACUCUUCCUGACUCACGCCCAGACUCGGAGUUGACUCCAGUGUCGUGUCCACUGGCCAGGUAUAAGCUGAGUCUCACCGUCGGCUGGCUGAUUGACGCCGACGUUUUUCAUGGUCUCUUAUUGCCUUCUGAAAUGCGACGCGCAGAGGCCCGCCUUGCAGAGACGUGGAAUACCAUCCCGGAUAGAUUCAAGUUUGAAUCACUGAGCAACUGUCUUUCGGAGUCCCCAGCAGGAAUGUACAUCAUGCUGCACAUUUCCCACCUCCUCAAGAGCCCCCGAUCGGCCGACGAUGGAGACCCUGCUGCGGGAGACGAUGCUGAGUAUGAACUGCACUCACGACGUAAAUGCAUACAUUCAGCCCUGCAAAACGUAGAAUUCCUGAUCAUUAUGGACACGGAAUCCCGACCCGGCGGCACUCUGACUAUGCUGAAGAAUAAGAUGUCCAUAUUCGCAGUGCACGAGUCCCUCGUCGCGACUGCGGUUCUCGGCACAUUCCUCUAUCAUUUCGGACCAUGGCCUGCGACUAGCGGUGUGGCCCACGGUAUUGACAUAGCGUACAUCGAGGCUACGUUGAGGAAUUGCAAGGAUACGUGGGUGCGAUGGAGCGAGUGGUCGUCGGACGCCAAAAGGGCUGUGGACUUGCUGGACCUGGUGUUCCAGAAGCUGGAUGGGAGCAUGGAGACGGUGCCGCUGAGUGAAUUUUCACUGGCGUUAGAUGGCAUGGGCUUGAACCUUGGCUGGGAUACUGAGUAUCUGUGA